UCAUAUGAUUUCACGUUCUUAUGAAAAAGCGGCAAGGAGCCAUUAUAUCAAAUCGUAUUCCUCAGGCGAGAGGAACGGUCACCGUCGUUUUUAAUUAUUAUUAUACCACGAGAUUUAGACUGCACCACAAUUAUAACUACGAACAAAUUUGUCAACGGAGGAAACUGUAACCAUCAAGGUGAGGGCAUGCGCGAUUCCUUGCCAUAAAUAAUAAUAUCACGGCUAGCAUGACGUAGAAAAUGAAUAUCAUUCAUUACGCUGCUAAUCACAGGUCGCACACUAUGGCCGUCGAAAAGCUCGUUUACCCUGCGGCGGAACGCAAUAAGAACCCGAUACUGUCAGUACUGAAACGAUACAUCCAGCCUGGCGCCAAUCAGACCUGCCUGGAGAUAUCCUCCGGCUCGGGCCAACACGUGGCGCAUUUCGCGCCGCAUUUCCCACACGUCACAUUUUACCCAUCGGAGUAUGAGUCGCAUCUGCUGGGCAGCAUCGGUGCGCACGCAAACGGAUACUCGAACAUAAGGAAGCCCAUGCUGAUCGACAUCACGACGGAUUUCCGACUGUGGGGUAACGGCAUCUUCAAGCCGAACAGUUUGGACUACAUAUACAACGCGAACAUGAUGCACAUCUCGCCGUAUCAAUGCACCAUCGGCUUGUUCAGGAACGCGGGUCAAUUGCUGAAGAACAACGGACUGCUGAUAACAUACGGGCCAUACGCCUGCGACAAUAUGAUCUACCCGGAGAGUAACGUGAGAUUCCACAACUCGCUAAAAUCGCAAAACCCCGAGUGGGGUUUGCGAGAUAUAAAGGACCUGAAGCAGUUGGCCGCGAAAAACGAUAUAAAUAUCGUGGAAAUCGUGGACAUGCCUGCUUCUAAUAAGACGAUUAUUUGGAAGAAAUACAUGAAUAAAAUAGGUGAAAACCUAUCUUCAACGGAUGGCAAAAGUGCCAAGACUUAGGCUAUAUGCGCGAGAGAUACAAGCUUAAAUGUAUAGAUCAGUUUUUAUGUAGAAUCAGUAUUGAGAUAUUCUUUUCGGUUGCACGCAUGGCCGCAAUUUUGGACACGCUUUGUAAUAUUUCUGUAACUCACUAUACAUAUAUUCAGUAUUAUCGUUAAAAGUAUCUCUCAUUUACAAGAUUUAUAUAAUUAUUAACAAUUAUGUAUACACAUAUAUAGUUACAAUUUACUUUAUAUAAGUAUAUUUACACCGCUUAAAGUUUUAGUCCCUGAGAGAUCUGUUUUUAAAUACGAGACUUAUAAGACAAAAUAUAUCCUCUCGCGCACUGACGCAACAUCACAUCGAA